AGGACCAAAAUAAUUCAAACCCUAUACCUGAAGGACUAUUUUGAUCAUUUUCUCCUUCGAAUUUCAUCGCUUGCUCAAUAAUGUACGGACAGCCACCGGACAACGGCGGAAGCCGGCGGCGAUCGCCACCACAUCAGGGCGGAAGCCGGCGGAGGUCGCCACCACAUCAGGGUGGAAGCCGGCGGAAGUCACGACCACAGCCACGGGAACAACAUCGACGGUUUAAUCAAAACUCCGAUCAUAUUCAUUCUUCUCAAUCUCAAAACUACUACUUACCCCAAAACUCAUAUUUUCCAAAUCAAAGCUCUAAUUUGGGUUAUACUCCAUUUCACCAAAGCCCGGGUUUUCAGUUUUCAUCAAGGAGUAGUCAUGGUGAAGUUGUUGAGAGAGUUGAUAGAGCUGUAAUUAAGGCACGGAGAGACCUUUUAGAGGCUGGUGAAAAUGUUUCAGCUUGGAAAGUUUCACAAGCUGCUUUAGUUAUGCUUAAAGCUGAUUCUUGGGAUUCUUUGGGUAUUAGAAUGCAACAAGUCCCUUCUCUCUUUCAACUCAUUGUUACCGAUGGGAAGAUUAAUGCCUUCAUCCAUUGCUUUGUGGCUGUUCAAAGAAUUACCACAUUGUAUGAUUUGGAAGUAGCAAUACUCAGGAAUGAGGGGGUGGAGCAGUUUGAAGAGCUGGAUUUGGGUCCACUAGUGAAACACCCACUUAUUAUCCAUUAUUUUUCUAUCAGUCCUGGUGUGUCAGAAGUUUUCAGGAUAACAAGUGUGGAGAUCAUAUCCUUCCUUGCUGAGUACAUGGAUGCUGAUAAAAGACGAAGAGUAGAGAUAGAUGAAUUCUUGAACUUCAUUACCGAGAAGAAAUCCGCUGGUACAACAGAGAAACUCAGUGUGCGGAUUCAAAGCUUGGGGAUGCAUAUUGCAUUUAUCAAGAAAGCAAGACAGUUUGAAACUAGUCCUGUGAACAAAUAUCUUCGUACAGUGAAAAAAGAAUCGAGCAAAAAAAUCAGGAAUCACGCUCUACUACCUGUAAAGGAGCAGCAGUUCGAUGAGCAUAUUAGUACCAUGUGUAAAUGUAUCAAAACAUUUUCCUCAGCUGAGGAGGAGCUUUGUGGUAAACACAUUAGGUUUAUAUCAGGUUCAGAAUAUGAGAACAGUGAUGAUGAUCAGGAUGAAAGUGCUUCACAUAGCCAGAGCAAAUUCCCAGUUGGAAAUAUCAAAAGCUCAGAUAGACCAACCGCAUAUCCUUACCCAUCAGCAUCUGAAGAAAUGAUGCGGCUGGGUUUGAAAACUGAAGUUGAGAUUAGUCCACACACCGCUAGUGGUAGUGAUAAAAACUGUGAAGAUAUUGGGGAAUUCAACAGAAAAAAAAAAUAUGAUGGGGUUCAGAGUUCCCUGGCUUUACCUGAAAAAAUACCCAAAAGAGAUAUGGUUCAGUCAAAGCUUUUUACUAGCAGGAAAAAAAAGGAAAAGAAAGUUGAUAAGAUGUGGAAUCAAGGCUCAGAUGUUUCAAAUGAUUUCUCACUUGAUGAUGAUUCAAUUAAGAUGUUCGUUAACACUUGGAAGGAGGCAUGUCGGAUCAACAGAGUGGAUGAGGUCUUCCAGAGGAUGCUUCAGUUCUAUAAGGCAAGGAAGCGUGUUCAAGUUACAAGGAUGUUUACAUCAUAUCCAUUUUGUGGGUUGCUUCAUGUUGCUGUUACAUCUAUUGAACGUGGAAUGUGGGAUAGUUUGUAUGAUAAGCUUCAUACAUUUCACCAAUGUGGAGUGACCAAAGGAGGUAGUGAAAAUCGUGCUGAUUCCAUAAGCAUUGAAGUUGAGCCAGCUGAAAGGGAUGCUACCAAUCCGUCUGAGAUCCUUUUGGUGUGCGAAAGUGGUAUCACCAUUGAGGACAUACAGAGUAAACUUUCCACUUAUUUGGUGGGUGAUGACGCUGCCUUGUCUACUGCAAGUUCGUACCAUGAGAAGUUCAUCUUCCUGUUGAACAAGGUUUGCAAACUUGAAUCUUGGUUGACAGAGCAGUUUUCUGUGAAGCAUUUUGAGUUACUUGGUUAUGGGAACAUCUGGCUCUUCCUAGAGAAAAAUAUGCAUCUGUUCAGUCAUGCUUUACGAAGGUUCUUCACAAAUGACAUGCAUGAGAAGCCUCCUCCGGAACCUUCAAUGCUUAAUUGCCAGUUUGAUCUAUUGUUAUCACAGGCUUCACAAUGUUUAUGGGAAAACGAAGAAGUAAACAAGCGAAAGAUUUCUGAGUUACUAAUGAGGCAAUUCCCUUUAGUUUGUUUAAAAGUGGCUGGAAAUGAUUUAAUGAUAGAUAUAGAGGGUUCUGUGAAGGCAAAGAAAGGAAAUAUGACUUUAAAAUCUGUUGUUUUCUCUGAAACAUUGCUCAAGGAAUCUGUGGGUAAAAAUAAUGAAAAUAUGUUAGAGAAAGCUGACUUGGAGAAUGAUGUAAGACAUGCUGAUUGUAUAGCAAUGUCCAAAGACGCCAUGAAGGCCUUGCUCAAGGCUCCAAUGUUGAUAGAUCUGAACUUGUGGUCUCAUUGGGGCAUGGUCUUUGCUCCUUCUCUUGGUUCUCUUGUGGGCUGGCUGUUGAAUGAGGUAAAUAGUGAAGAGCUGUUGUGUUUGGUAACUUCAUGUGGGAAGGUUUUGCGUGUUGAUCAUUCAGCCACUAUUGAUUCUUUUGUAAAUGUACUUCUGCAAGGCAAUCCUUUUGAUACGGCUGUCAGACUGUUAUCAUUGCUGGUUUUAUAUGGUGGUGAAAAAAGUGUUCCUAAUUCGCUCUUAAAAUGCCAUGCGCGUCAUGCAUUUGAAGUUUUAUUUAAAAAUUAUGAGAAAAUGAAAUCACAUGACAUCCAAGGCUCCCUCAAUCAUGCCACAUUUCUGUGCAGACAGCUCAUACAUGAUGAAACUACAUCAACUAUGAACAAGAAGUUGCUGAGGAGGGAUAGGGUUGCUAGAAUUGUGCCUUUGGCAUCGAGGUUUAUUCUAGACUGUCUGGGCUAUCUGCCUGUUGAAUUUUGCCAUUUUGCUGCAGACAUCUUGCUUACAGGGGUGAAGCCGUUUGUCAAAGAUGCUCCUUCAGCUAUCUUAGAUGAAUGUGAACGGAUAGAGCAGCGUCUUAUGCUUCAUCGAGUUGGAAUGUCUCUGGGCAUAGUGGAAUGGGUUGAAGAUAAACACAAAUUGAGUGCCUGUUCUGACACGAACUUGUUUAUGUCUUCUGGAUCAUCAUGCUUGAAAGUCACAGACCUUGAUUUCAGCAAAGACUCAACCUUAACGGAAAAAGUAUCGAGUAAAUGUCCCUUGUCUGCAAAUGAGAUUAGCCUCUCCCAAGAUCCAACUCGGCAAAACGAAAAUCGAGAUGCCAGUUUUUCUGCAGGUGUUAUAUCUUAUUAUCCUUUUGAUAAUUUGGCUGACUCUGCUAAACAGCACUCAUGUGAGCUUGAGAGUUCCGCUGCCAGAGUUAUUGAAUCUAUUCAGCGAGAAGAGUUCGGUCUGCAGCCUGAUCUUUCGCAAGUUGAUAGUGCAAUGUUGAAUAAGCAACAUGCUCGCUUGGGAAGAGCACUGCAUUGUCUUUCACAGGAGUUGUAUUCUCAGGAUUCACAUUUUAUCCUAGAGUUGGUUCAGAAUGCCGAUGAUAAUAUCUACCUUGAGAAUGUCGAACCCACUUUGACUUUCAUUCUUCAGAACAAAGGCAUUGUAGUUCUGAACAAUGAACGUGGCUUUUCUGCUGAUAACAUCAGAGCACUCUGUGAUGUUGGGAAUUCUACUAAGAAAGGACGUAAUGCUGGAUAUAUUGGGAAGAAAGGCAUCGGUUUCAAAUCAGUGUUUCGGGUCACUGAUGCUCCAGAAAUUCAUUCCAAUGGCUUCCAUAUUAAGUUUGAUAUAAGCAAUGGCCAGAUAGGUUUUGUUUUGCCAACUGUUGUACCUCCUUGUGACAUUGACUCCUAUACCAGAUUGGCCUCUUUAGAUUCUGAUUGCAAUCAUUGUAAUACCUGCAUAGUCCUUCCCUUUAGAUCACGUCUCUUGGAAACGUCUGCCGUAGAGGACAUUGUGGCUAUGUUUUCUGAUCUUCAUCCAUCCUUGCUACUUUUUCUUCACCAUCUUCAGUGUAUAAAAUUUAGAAAUAUGCUAAGCGAUUCUACUAUUGUUAUGAGGAAAGAAGUCGUGGGAAAUGGUAUCGUUAAGGUUUCCCUUGGAGAGGAGAAAUUGACCUGGUUUGUGGCAUCCAAGGAAUUGCAGGCUGACAUUAUUCGUCCUGAUAUCUCAAAAACAGAAAUUUCCAUGGCAUUUACGUUGCAGGAAACACUUGAUGGAAGCUACAACGCACAUCUGAACCAACAGCCUGUUUUUGCUUUCCUUCCUCUGAGAAAGUACGGACUCAAGUUUAUACUUCAGGGUGAUUUCGUGCUGCCUUCAUCUAGAGAAGAAGUUGAUGGUGAUAGUCCUUGGAACCAGUGGUUGUUGUCAGAGUUCCCUGGCUUGUUUGUUAGUGCAGAACGAUCAUUUUGCGAUCUGCUAUGUUUUAAGGAUAAUCCAGCGAAGGGUGUUACAGCUUAUAUGAGCUUUGUUCCCCUUGUAGGGGAGGUUCAUGGUUUCUUUUCUAGUCUGCCUAGGAUGAUUCUUUCUAGAUUACGCAUGUCAAACUGCUUGAUAGUAGAAAGUACAGAAACUGAGUGGGUUCCUCCAUGCAAAGUUUUGAGAAAUUGGACCCAGGAGGCCCGUAACCUUUUGCCUGAUAGCUUGCUUCGCAAGCAUCUGGGUGUUGGUUUCUUGCAUAAAGAUAUAGUUCUACCAGAUUUAUUAGCCAGGGCUCUUGGAAUUGAGGAGUAUGGACUCAAAGUUCUACUGCAGGUUAUUACUUCUUUAUGCUCUUCAGUAGAUGGUCUGACGUCCAUGAGUUUGGGAUGGUUAUGUGCGUGGCUAAACUCUGUAUAUAAAGUAUCGUCACAUGGGAAAAACUCAGCAGGUUUUGAGACAGAAACGGAUCUUAUGAGGGACCUCAAAAAGAUUCCGUUUAUUCCCCUUUCAGAUGGAAAAUAUGGAUCAUUGGAUGAAGGUGCAAUUUGGUUGUAUGCUGAUCAAAUGGGUGCUACAACUAAUGAGUAUGCAUCAGAAACUUUCCCAAGAUUAUACUUAAUGAUCAGAACCGUGAGUGCCGCACUUCUUUCUGCUGCUGCUGCUCUUGGUACAUCAUGCUCUGAUUCAUCAAUUGUAGAUAAUGUUACUAGGAUGCUGUACAGAGUUGGUGUAAAACGGUUAUCGGCACAUCAAAUAGUAAAGAUGCAUAUUCUACCAUUUAUCUGCAGAGAUCAAGUUGGACAAGGAACUAGAGAACUAUUGACAGAGUAUUAUGCCUUCUUGAUGUUCCACUUGCAAUUGAGUUGCCCUGACUGUCAAUCAGAAAAGGACCAAAUUAUCAGAGAAGUUCGUGAUAAUGCUUAUAUGUUGACAAAUUUUGGUUGUAAACGUCCAAUAGAGUUUCCUAUCCAUUUUAGCAAACAAUUUGAAAAUCCCGUUGAUAUGAGUAGAUUAAUCCAGGGAUUAGAUUUUGAAUGGCAUGAGAUUGAGGAUAUCUUCUUAAAGCAUCCAAUCAACAAAUUGUUAUCUGGGGGUGUGUUAAAGUGGAGAAAGUUUUUCCAGGAAAUUGGAAUAACUGAUUUUGUACGAGUUCUUCAGGUUGAGAAAAGUAUUUCUGAUGUAUGCUCUGUUCCCAUAGCAACAUCUGAUGAAGCUUUGAAUUCCAAAGGAUCAGUUGCGAGAGAUUGGGUGUCUGAUGAGUUUGCUGAUUUGUUGUCACGAUUAUCUUCAACGGGUGACAAGGAAAAAUGCAAGUACCUCUUGGAGGUACUUGAUAGUUUGUGGGAUGAUAAUUUCGCUGAAAAGGUUACUGGCUUUUAUUUCAGUUCCACUGGAGAACGACAAUUAUUUGACUCUUCAUUCACCAGAACCCUCCGUGAUGUUCAAUGGCUAGCAUCAAGUAUGGAUAAUGAGCUCCAUUGUCCAAGGGAGUUAUUCCAUGAUUGUGACGAUGUGCGCUUAAUUUUUGGUGACAACGCUCCUUAUGUCAUUCCAAAGGUGAGAAGCAAAAAGUUGUUAACAGCUCUUGGUUUGAAAACCCAAGUUACAGUUGAUGAUACUUUAGCGAUUCUUAAAGUUUGGAGAGCUAAACUACCUGUGAGCGCUAGUUUAUCACAAAUGUCAAAAUUCUACACUUUCAUCUGGAGUAGGAUGAACACUUCAGAGAAGAAGGUUAUUGAAGAAUUACGUAAUGAACCUUUUGUGUUUGUCCCUUGUAAGUUGGUUGCUUCACAUGAAGAAGUAGCACCUGGUGUUCUUUUGUCAUCGAAAGAAGUCUUCUGGCGUGAUUUAACUGGUUCCACAGACCAAGUGAAGAUUGUCUGCCCAGAAUAUGAUCCACAUUCAGUUCAGCACCCUUUCACUAAAAUGCUAUGUAGUGUUUAUCCAUCCCUUCAUGAUUUUUUUGUGAAAGAAUGUGGAGUGGAUGAGUUUCCUCAUUUCCAUGGAUACCUUCAAAUAUUGCUGCAGUUGUCGUCUACUGCUUUACCUUCACAAGCAGCUAAGAAUGUCUUCCAAAUAUUUCUUAAGUGGGUUGACGAGCUAAAUUCAGGAUCUUUGAGAUCUGAAGAUAUAGAUUUCUUGAAGCAAGGUCUUUUGACAAAGGAAUAUCUAGUUCUUCCAACUGCAGAAGAUAUAUGGGUAUCUCUGAACCCAUCCUUUGGGCUCAUCUGUUGGUGUGAUGAUGAUAAGUUGAGGAAGGAAUUUAAGUAUUUUGAUGAUAUUAAGUUUCUCUACUUUGGGAAACUCAAUGACGAGGAAAAGGAGAUUCUCAAAACAAAAGUUUCAAUAUUCUUGCGCAAAUUGAAUAUUCCUUCUCUAUCAGAGGUUGUAACACGUGAAGCUAUAUAUUAUGGUCCAACUGACUCUAGUUUUGUAGCUUCCGUGGUUAAUUGGACUCUUCCGUUUGCUCAACGCUAUAUAUAUAGCAGUCAUCCAGACAAGUAUUUGCUACUUAGCCAGUCUGGAUUUGAGAACCUGAAAUAUCUGCAGAUUGUUGUUGUAGAAAAGCUGUUCUACAAGAAUGUUAUUAAAAGUUCCCAUAUUGCAUCCAAAAAGCGGUUUGAAUGCAGUUCUCUGCUAGAGGGAAAAAUCUUGUAUGCGACUCGAGAAUCAGAUUCUCACUCUAUAUUCAUGGAACUUUCUCGUUUAUUCUCUUUUGGAACUCCCGACUUGCACUUGGCAAACUUUCUUCACAUGAUCACCACUAUGGCAGAAUCAGGUUCCACUGAGGAGCAAACUGAGUUUUUCAUUAUGAAUAGCCAAAAAAUGGCUAAGCUUCCUGCUGGUGAAUCUGUUUGGUCACUUGCAAAUGUUCCAUUGUCCAAAGAUGAUGAGAUAGGGCUGAUGAGUUCUUAUAGAACAGUUGAUGGGAAAACCCCUGUGAAUUUCCAGAAGAGAUCAGGAAUCAGCUCAAACUGGCCCCCUUCAGACUGGAAAACUGCUCCUGGUAGUGCAGCAAAGUCACGGGCAGCCAGUGGUAUCAAAAUAUUUGCACAGGCUCCAACUGAGAUCAUCACUAACGUGGAGAAUGAUCGAGCAUCAGCUGAAGCUACUGUGAAAAUGACAUUUGAUCCUCCUCAUUCCAUGACUAUACCACAUGACUUGAAUUAUACUUCAGCAGAUGUGGCACAAAGAGAUCAUCUGUAUGUAGGCACAACUGACCCUCAACAGGCAUUGUUAACUGGCAGACUCGGAGAAUUUGUUGCUUUCAAGUACUUUGUGGGGAAACAUGGUGAGCCUUUUGUGAAAUGGGUCAAUGAAACUAAUGAGACGGGGCUUCCCUACGACCUUGUUGUGGGAGAUGAUGAAUACAUAGAAGUAAAGGCCACUACAGCAACAGGAAAGGAUUGGUUUCAUAUUACCUCGAGAGAAUGGCAGUUUGCAGUUGAGAAAGGUGAAUCUUUUAGCCUUGCCCAUGUUGUGUUAUCACCUGAUAAUACAGCAAUGGUGACGGUAUACAAAAACCCAGUCAGCCUCUGUCAGCUUGGUAAACUUCAGUUAGCUCUCACGAUACACAAGUCGUGAAACUUUUUAAGAUGUACAUUUGGGUGAUUAACUAAUUCAUUAUAUUUUAAAAUUGGCUUCGUAAGACUAUCUUCAAUUCUUUGAGGUGUCUUUUGGACAUUUCAAGCUCAAGCAUAUUAGAUUAUCGAAUAAU